UAAUCACUGGAGACACCACGUUUGGUGUUCUGAGCAGUGGUUAAAUUUUAAAGAUAAUCGCCGUUUAAGCAGAGUUUUCUAUUCCUUUUUCUUUCCUUUUUUAAAGGAACUCAUUGUUAAAGCGAGAGACACCCACUCGGGAGGGCCCCUCAGACCCCCGAGGAGCUUCUGCAUAAGCGGCGCCAGCUUCGGAGACCGGGACGUCCCCGCCCAGUGGCUCCGGGGGUUCCGGCGACUCAGGAGCUGGUGGCUUCCAAGAAGGGCGAGCGCUUUGGGCCCGGGGCGCUGCGUGUGGAGGACGGGAGCAGGGAAUCAUGGAAGCUGAAAAAGACAACAAAAACCAAAUUCCUAAAGAGUAUUUUCUGGAUGAAGAAUAUAUGAAAAAUGGACAAAAUGAGGGAUUAAUUGAUGAAAUUACAAAGGAAAAUAUUCAGCUAAAGGAGGAGAUCCAAAAGCUUGAAGCUGAGUUACAGGAGGCCACCAGAAGCUUCCAGAUUAAAGAGCAUAUUCCUAAAACAAAGAUGAAAUUCACAUCAGCACAGACUCCGGAGAAUGACAGCCAGUUUUUAAAAACCUCCUGUUCAUUCAAAGUGAGCUCCAAAGUUCCUUAUGAGCUACAAAAAGGACAAGCACUGAUCACCUUUGAAAAAGAAGAAGUUGCCCAAAAUGUCAUAAGAAUGAGGAAGCAUCGUGUGUGGCUAGAGGAUGUAAAGGUGGAGGUUAUGGCCAAACCAGUUCCAUUAAAUUUAGGAGUCAGAUGCCAGGUUCAUGUAGAAGUGUCUAAAGUGAAGAUCAAUGUUACUGAAAUUCCUGAUGAAUUACCUGAAGAGCAGAUGAGAGACAAGCUAGAACUGAGCUUUUGCAAGUCCCGAAACGGAGGCGGAGAGGUGGAAUGCGUGGACUAUGCUAAGCAGUCUCGAAGCGCCGUCGUCACAUUUGUGGAAUUUGGAGUUGCUGACAGGAUUUUGAAAAUGAAAGAAUAUCCUUUUUAUAUAAAUCAAAGAUGCCAUAAAGUUACUGUUUCUCCAUACAUGGAAACACACUUGAAAAAAUUUCAGGUAUUUUCAGGAACAUCUAAGAGGACAGUGCUUCUGACUGGAAUAGAAGACCUUCAGAUGGAUGAAGAAGUUGUGGAGGAUUUAGUUAGCAUUCACUUUCAACGGGAGAAGAACGGAGGCGGAGAAGUAGAUGUGGUCAAGUGUUCUCUGGGUCAGCCUCACAUAGUGUAUUUUGAAGAAUAGGCUGAUGGAAUCAUAUGAAAAUCAUAGCUUCUGAGCUCAAA